UAUUUGUUGAUAUAUUUGUUUCUAUGAGUUCCAGAAUUAAAUAAAAUUAAAAAUUAAAAUGCACGAAUUUAAAAAACAUAAUAAAACUAUGGGUGUAUAUUGGCUUAAGCAGUAUUUGAAAGACACGUUAAUUUGUAUAAAACUAAAAUCUAGAGAGGAAAUAAUAACUUUACCGAAUUUUGAAGAGUACAAAGAUAAAUCGUAUGAAGAACACCUCCAUGUAUUGGAUAAAAAUAAAAUAAGUGAAUAUACAUUUAAAUGGCAAGAAAAAGUUUUUAGUUCUUAUGAAUUACAAAAAUAUUCAGAUGCAUAUAAUUGCAGUUCAGAAACAGAAAUAAAGUACCAUGAUAUGAUAAAGGAUACCAAUGUGAAGUCAAAUAAAGUAUUUACUUAUAUUGAUGAAGACUACCAUCUGCCUUUGCCUAUUGCUGAAAAAGGAAAUUAUAAACCAUAUGGUGUUUUAAAUUUAAAAAAUUGUUUUGCAAAAUUACAUUUAGGUGACAUGAAUGAUAAUGUCUCACAUUCAAUGGGGCAUUUGUUCAAAAGUCAGGAUCAUAUUUCAGAUAAUGACCAAUGGAUGGCAAUGCAUAUUGUAUUAGAUAAUUCUGAAUAUAAUGAAGAAUCUCAAAUUCUUUUCAAGCAAGAAUUCAAUCUCCUCUCUCUGUAUCACAAUGUUACCCACAAUUACUUAAUGGUGUCACCAGAUGUAAAUAACUUAGAACUCAAACCAUAUAGCGUUGAAGAUGGUGACAACAUCCUACCAAUGGAAUAUGGAGUGGAAAUUAAUUUUGAAGAAAAGGAGAAUGGGGAAGACUUGAAACACUUAUUGAACAAUUUAUUUAAAAAGUGGGAUAAGAAGCAACAACAGUUACUAAAUUUUGUCAUGCCGCGUCUUGGAAUGAAAAACGUCUUCGUGACAUUCGAAAUUGUCUCAGCCUUUGGUUUCGAAAUGGACAAUUUGUACAUUGAUUUCCAAAUAAAGAUUCCAGACGAUAUAACCGUUAAAGGUGACCUUAAAGGGAGAACACAUGUGAGCAAAUCAUCGAGAAGAGAAGAUAAGAAGUUCUGGGGUUACGGGCACGUGGUGGAAUUGGAACUGGAGUAUGCUACUGGAAUGGAUCUCAAUCCUCUAAAGAUCAUUCUAGAAACGAUAUCCGUUGAUUGGUGGGGACGACAUCGUACGGAAGGAUAUAGCUGUCUCACUCUUUCGUUAGAGCCCGGGGAACAUAGACACGAUCUGUCCUGCUCGAGAUCAGAAGAAUUGGAUAAAGUGGAAGCUGAGAGUAGAAGGUUCUUUGUCGGUGGAUGUCACUUGAUCAAAGAUUUGGAUGUGUUGAUUAAUCCACAAUUGUAUGAAGCAAAGUUUAGAUACGUGUCGACCGGCAGCGUCGCAGUCCGCUGGCGCGUCGUGUGCCAGCGCCGUCGCGCGCACGCGGACGUGCACGCACACACGCAACCGCACGCGCACGCGCAGUCGCUGCUGGCGGGCGCGGAGGCCGUGCUGCGACACUACAAGAAGGCUAAAGCUACGUUGGCCGCUGCGACUGAAUGCCUCCCGACUCAAUUGGAGCAGUGAUCCAUUUCUCCCUCUGUCUUUUGUUAUUUGCGAGGUACUUUCGUUUUGUUUUACUAAGAUAUUUGUCGUCAUUAUACAAUUGCGAUAAAACGCUGGAAUAGAAUCCACAAUGACGGUGUAGACAAUCCUUAGGCCACUCAGAUAUACAGAAAACAGUCCAAUAAUUAAAU